GUUUAUUAGUGUCAUCAAUCAUGGUACGCACGAAAUACUACGUGAAUUCUAUUUAAGCGUUUCCAGUUGUAUACUUUGGCUAGUGGUUACAUCUGUACAUGCAGACACAUUUUGGACUGCUUGUUCAGUCUUUGAGUGCUGUUUCCGUUUCAUAAAUGAUGUAGCCGAUAAAGUACGAUGGUGUCCAAAAAACUCUUGUGUCUGUGCAAUGACAACAGCGACUGUGUACUGAAUGCUUUGCCGGAAUCGCUUCUGCAGGAGAACUUGACAGCCAAGUCACCCAAAUUCGGUCACUGCGUAACGACAACUGAAGGCAGUUGUUACACAGUAAAAGACACCAACAUUCCUAUUUCAUCGGCAUCUAUUCCCGAAAGGAGGCGGGCUGCUCUUUUUUCUAAAAGAAGUACUUUCGAUUUAGAGAAUGCGACGGAAAGUAAACGUAUUGAAGGUGUUCAGGCUGAUUCGCUACAAACACAGCAAGAUAUACUUGAGUCGGAUGUAUAUUUUGACAUACGCUAUGGAUGUUUGUCUUCCCAUGCUCAGGUAACACUCUCAUGCAACGGCCACUUAGUGAACCAUCUGGUGCCAAAAACAAUUGCUUGUUGUAAUUCAUCGGACUUUUGCAAUGUUCACCUCUCACCAAAGUUCGUCCAUCAUCCUACUCCAAGAGAUGCCUUUGAGGCAGCAGUUAAAAAUUGGCGCACAAACGACCAGGUUGCCUAUUCUAACAAGCUAACUCUUUUAAAUCCUGGACUUAAUAUUGGUCCAAAUCUUUUAAAUGGCGGAAAAGUUAUCUACAGUCCCCCUUCUAAGGGCUUUCACGUACCAAAUGGGGUUCUUCAGCACAGUCGAUCAAGCAUUUUUAGUUUGAUUUUCAUUACGACGUUUGGAGUGAUCGCUAUGAUACUUGGUCUUCUGUGCGUCGGAGUGUACUACUGCUACAAACGAAAGCUACGGAAAGGGGAGCUUCGCCUACUUGAGACCCACCUGUGGUAUCCCUCUCCGCACGGCCACCGUGACAACUGUAGACAUCUUCCAUCAUCCUUGUUAACUAACAGUUGGUUGAGUCAACCAAGACCAACCUCAACAAAAAGCAUUAUUUUAUGUGUGAGGCGGAAGAUGCAAGCCAGCCGGAAACGCAACUAUGGUUCUCAACCACAUACAACAUCUUCGAAUCUGACAAGGACUUUGGGGAGUUCGCUCGAUGGAUUAAUAGCCGAAAAUCACAAAGCUGAAUUGACACGCUAUGGACAGCGAGCAAUCAGUAGACAAGUUUGUCUUAGAUGUUUUCUUGGCCGCGGCCGAUUUUCGGAUGUUUGGAUGGGCCUAUGGCGGGGAGAACCAGUUACUGUGAAAAUUUUCGCCGCCAACGAUCGUUUAGGGCAAAUCCUCUGGCGAAGAACGAUCACGGCUCACAGGUCGAUGCUUCUGAGACACAGAAACGUUCAGGGCAUAAUGGCAACCGACUGGAUUCAAUACCCCCUAGAGGAACAUGGGAAACUCUGGCCUAACUUUGCAAAGCAAUGUGCGAUCGGUUCCCCUAUUCUACACGCCAUGUUCAUCAGUGAACUUUUUCAACUGGGCACACUACGAGAUCUCAUGGAUCGUUAUGUUUGGUUGGUUUCCGACACCUCCGGCACGGAAGACAACGCCUGUGCUCCUGUACACACAGUCUACGCCCUUACACGAGAAAGUGCAAUCGAACAACCGCCCAUCCUAACGGUUGCCGAGGAACAACUGAUGAAAGUGGUCCUGCGGCUGGCAUUGAGCCUAACUCAAGGGCUGUGCUUCUUGCAUUCCGACUAUGUCGGAACCAGAGGAAAACCUGCCUUGGCGCAUCGCGAUUUGAAGCCCUCCAAUGUAUUUGUUCGUUCUGAUUGGACUUGUUGUAUUGGGGAUGUCGGAUUUUCUGUCCGUGCGCCUCCUAAUCCAUUGCCAUCUUCAAUGAGCGAAUUAAAUAGACUUUAUUGCCAGCAUAUCGCUCAACUUCAAACCAGUGCAACGCAACCUGUUCUCCCAAUCCAUUCGCCGCAGCCAGCGGAACUGCUUACAGAGAAUGAAAAAUUGCACCACGAACUACACAAUAACGCUACAGAGGUCGUUACGUACCACGAACUAACGGCAAAUACAAUCAAAGAAGGAGUCCAGCUUCGACCGGCUUCCAAACUUAGAAUGAAUAAGGCGGAGCUGCUGGAUUGGUGGCCAGUUGGAGGAUUACAAGCUGGUACUCCACGGUAUAUGGCACCAGAGCUCCUAAACAGCUCGGCAAAUCCAUUCCGCUUGGAAUCGCAUCAAAAAGCUGAUAUAUAUUCUCUCGGUCUCGUGCUAUGGGAGCUUAUCAUUUGGGCUCUUCCACAAUAUUUACAUCCGAAAACGAGGCAACUAUCCCAAAUCAGCAGCAGUCGGAACAGUUGUUCCACAAGAUCGUCACCAGAUCCUGUUGCAGAGGAAGAUUUACAUUCAUUGACAUUAGAUGAUCCGCAAACCCUAAGAUUCCGUGGCCCAGCAUACCAAUCGGAAUGGGAACAACUGUGUGCCCGAGGUGAUGUGCAGUCUGACAUUCGUCCAUCUUCUUUGGCAACCCCAGACAACAACUCUGGUUGCCACCUUCCACUGGAUCGCACUUUGAAGGAAACGAGCAUAGUUCCAUCCACAGAGCCAAGUUUGUUUAUUAUGCGGCAAUUGGUUUGCGAACUUCAACUGCGCCCGCGCUUGCCCGUCGUCUUCAUAACUGGGAUGCCGUAUGUAGCAAAAGAGACUGUGCCUAGUCCCUCUGCACUUUGCAGCCGUUUGGCGGAUGAAGAGUUCAAUUCUAAGGCUCAGGUUGCAGAUCCUGAUGCCGUACUCAAAAGCACUUCAGUAGAGUCUUCUUCCGGUGCCUCUUCUCUAAGGGACGCACCUACUGGGUCCAACACAACCACUGUCGCAUAUGCGGACAAUAGCACCAAAAUACUAUUGACAGAUUUGAUUCGCAUGGUUUUGUCCCACUUCGCCACCUUACUUCCUGAAUGCUGGGCUCCCGAUCCUGAUUCGCGCCUCACCGCACUUCGGAUUAGAAAAACACUUGAACGCACCUGCGACUUGAUAGAUGCUACGCGAGGGCUCACCUCAGGCACCAAGUUGGACCCGCAUCACCCCGCUGCAAACGAUGGGGACUGCGUCAAUGAUCCGAUGGCCAUCAAACAGAUUCUCUGUUAGAGCCACGAGUUCGCGUUUUCAGUGUACAAAUCUAUCGUAGAUUUCAGCUUCCUCAAACUAAUCAUCACAUUAAUUUUCCAGUCGUGUUAACCGACGGAUGUCCGAAAGAAUGAAAUGGUGGGCUUCGACCAACUGUACAAUAUUCCUAUUCCCAAUUCCCAGUUUUACCUGUACAUUCAAGCAACCACUCGCAAUCCCCACCAUCAUGUUAACGGUGUGAAAUUUUUGUACAUAUUAAGCGUAAAUACGCUUUGACUAGCUGACCAAAGAGUAUUCUUGUCAGCUGCACUGUAAUCACUCGGUUAUAGAUAGUACUCUUAGAGCUCAAUAUAAAUACGCCCUAGAGACCGCUCAGUUGGUAUACCCUCGUCAAUGCCGAGGUCUUAACAUGUGUCAUGUGAACUCCGUGUACGCAAAGCUACUUUUAUAAAAGUGCAAAUAAUAUCGAUCGAAUAAACACGUCACUGCAGAGCUGUACUUUGG